GAUAAUGUUGACGACCGGUCUGAGAGCAUCCUUGCUGAGAACCACGUGGAUGGCACCACAGGGAUCCUGAGCGGAGCUGGUGGGAGGAAGCCCAUGAAGACAGGCAUGAAGGAGCUGGCCGUGAUGAGGGAGAAGGUGAACGAGCAGCAGCGGCAGAUGGGCAAAGUUGGGAAGCCCCACCACAACCACGAGGACUCGAAGAAGUCCCGGCUGUCGACGGGCAGGACGCCUUGUCAGCAGGAGCUGGACCAGGUCCUGGAACGCAUCUCUACUAUGCGGCUGCCGGAUGAGCGAGGUCCCCUGGAGCACCUCUACUCCCUCCACAUCCCCAACUGCGACAAGCAUGGCUUGUACAAUCUCAAACAGUGCAAGAUGUCGGUGAACGGGCAGCGUGGCGAGUGCUGGUGUGUGGACCCUAUCCAUGGGAAGGUCAUCCAGGGUGCACCCACCAUCCGUGGGGACCCUGAGUGCCACCUCUUCUACACAGCCCACGAGCAGGAGGACCGGGGAGCACAUGCCCUGCGGAGCCAGUAGACGGACGUGAUCCUGCUUGCUGGAGGUGGCCAUGGCCCCCGUGCUGGAUUUUACAUGGUUUUCAGCAUGUCUCUUUAGGCUCUGGAAGAGACUGGGGUUGGGUCCUGUGUGCUGCUCUCCUUCCCCUGCUGCCUGGCUCCAAGAGAGGGGAGGGAUAAUGGGAGGGGAAGGGCGGUGGGGGGGGUUUGCAAGGAGAAGGGACUGCUUUCCUAUAGUCUUUCACCCAAUGUAAGCCAGAGAACCGGUCUAUUUUGCUCCUCACUCUGCGGCCCUGUCCUCCCUGCUGCUUUGUGG